UUCCUAUCUUUCUCUUUUAAAAAAAAAAUAAAAAUAAACGAACAACUUCAUCGAAUUUCAAUUUCUCUUCUUUCCGCCAUGGCUUCUCUCCUCCUCCGCCUUCCAAUCGCCGCCGUGAUCGUCCUCAUCGCGCUAUCCGCCUCCUCUGUCACCGCUCGUCCAUGCCGGACCUUCAUCAUCUCCUCCUACUCUUUCCGUAACCCUUCCUCCAACACCUUCGCCACCAUCACCGAGAUCCGAUCCAUCUCCCCUCUCUACAUCAAUGACAAACCCUACGAAAUCUUUAUUGAUCGCCCGAUUCAACACAACUUACAAUUAGAAACCCAGUCUCAAGGCGCGUCGCACCCACGCGGCCCCUUAGGGUUUUCCACCGACGCUUACGAUUUCUCCUCCCUUCGCGAUCGCACCAAGGAUAUCCUCAGCGUCGCCCUCGCCUUGCUAUUCGGCGUUGGAUGCGGUGCCUUAACCGCCGCCACCAUGUACUUGGUCUGGUCCGUCUUCACCGCCCGCCACGAACUCCGCGCGGCCGCUUACGGUGAAUUCUCCGACGACGAGAUUGAAAGCCCCAAGAAAAUGGGAUAUGUCAAGAUUCCGGCGGCUGAGGUGGCUGCUGCUGCUCCCGCACCUCCGGCCAAGGAUUCGGUAUGAGAAAUUUAUGAAUGGGAUUUUUAGUAAUUCAUAAGUAUAACCGUGUGGUUUAUGUGUAUUGUUAAUAAUCAUAGUCGAAUUUUAAUGUAAAAGAAACGCCGAAAAGGUGCAAACUCUUGCCCUGUAUCAUUAAUCGUUUCUCUAUUACAUGUUUACGUUCGAACUUGAUGUAUUUGCAAUAUUUUAGGAUUAUUACCCUGCUGUUGAUGAUGUUGGUUUUCUGUGUUGAUUGUUUCAAUGUGGAAGCCGGGAAUUAAAUGUGAUAUGUUAAGCUUGAUGCAAAUGGAACUAAUCGUGAUGUACGACACAAUCGUAGUAUUUUGUUAUAGCGUGAUUGUAUCUGAAAGAUUGCCUUUUUCAUCGUUG